AUGGCCAGCUGGACAAAUAAAAAAAACUCCCCAGUGGAGGCAGAGCGGCACUUUCAUCAUUCUAAUUCACGAGAACUUUUCCACCAGCGCAUUCCCACCCUAAAAGCAGGUGAUGCAAAGCAAAAAAUGAGGGAAAUACGCGACUACGUGCUCAACACAAUGGAGCUUUAUGGAAAGGUCUUUGAGAGUGUGGCAGCCGAAGAAGGUUUUUUUGUACAUCCGGUUCACAAACUUCGACACCCUCUGAUCUUCUAUUACGGCCAUACAGCCUGUUUUUACAUCAAUAAAUUGCGUGCGGCUGGGCUUUCUGAGCCUAUUAAUCCGCGGUUUGAGGAGAUUUUUGCCGUGGGCGUGGAUGAAAUGAGUUGGGAUGAUCUCAAUGAGGAACAUUACAAUUGGCCCACCGUGGGCGAGGUGACGGAAUACCGUUUAGCUGUUCGUGACCAUGUCGAUGAGAUGCUAUCAAGUGGAAGGUACAAAUUGAAUCUUCCAUUGACCUUUGAGAACAGCACACUGAACAUGGACAAUUCCUUUUGGUGGGUAAUGCUAAUGUGUUCCGAGCAUGAGCGCAUUCACGUGGAAACUGCGUCAGUUCAUGUGCGGGAGCUUCCCAUGCGAUUUAUCAAUUCCGCCAUGUCUUGCUUUUGGAAACGAUGUGAAGAAGUAAAUUCAAAAGCCCCGGUAAAUGAACUGAUCGAAGUAUUUGGGGACAAAGUGCACGUUGGGCGUCAACCGGAUUCUUCAGUGUACGGAUGGGACUGUGAUUACUCAGACGGAAAUUAUGUUAUUGAUGUACCCGCUUUUAAAGCGAGCAAAUAUCUUGUUUCGAAUGCGGAGUUUAUGUCAUUUAUGAAGGCGGAUGGAUAUAAUACACAACGCUACUGGGAUGAAGAAGGUUGGAAAUGGGUGCUGUGGCGAAAACCGCAGCAUCCAUGGUUUUGGGUGCGUGAUGAGUCUCGUCCAGAUGGUUACGCACUCCGUCUUCAGGCGGAGCUAAUAGACUUGCCAUGGAACUGGCCAUGUGAAUUAAAUAACCUUGAAGCACAUGCCUUUUGCAGGUUUAAAAGUGAAGAAUGGGGAAAGAAUAUCCGCAUGCUGACGGAGGCAGAGUGGUUGCUUCUGUGGGAUAGGUAUGUUGGGAAGGAUCAGAUGGACUGGGAUAAGGCACCUGGCAAUCUCAAUCUGGAACAUUUUCAAAGCAGCUGCCCUGUGAACAAGUUCAAACAGGGUCCCUUUUAUGACAUUGUUGGCAAUGCUUGGCAACACUGUGAGACGAAAGUUUACCCUUAUCCAGGUUACAAGGUUCAUCCGUUUUACGACGAUUUUUCGAUGCCUACUUUUGAUGGUCGUCAUGCGUGCAUGAAAGGUGGAGCGUGGGUCAGUUCCGGGAAUGAAGCUACUCGGGACGCCCGUUUUGCCUUCCGCCGCCACUUCUUCCAGUAUAUUGGUCUUCGUUACGUGGAAGGCGGCCCAACUAACGAGGAGCGUUACUGCGGGAGUGUCUUGGGGAUGGACCCCGAAGUUGACAUUAUGACCGACGCGGGUUUUCGCGAAUCUGUUGAUGGCAUUCCAAAUGGCUGCGUUAAGAUUGCUGAGUACUGCAUGGCUCAGUUCAAGGCUCAUGCUAGAGUUGAACCCAAACGCGCAUUGGAUUUUGCCUGUGGAGCUGGUCGGGUAUCCUUUGAAUUGUCUGCUCUUUUUUCCCAAGUGGUUGGUUCCGACUUCACGGCCCGCUACCUUAUCCCGGCCUAUGCGAUGCUGGAACGUGGCAAAUGUACCUAUAGCACUUUGGAAUCUUCUUCGCUCCAGCGUGUGGCAAAGAUGGCUGAAGCUUCAAAUUAUUCCUGGGACUCCAAUCGUAAACGCGUCACCUUUUUUCAGUCUGACCCCACAAACCUUCACAGUCACAUGAAAGAUUUUUCUUUGAUUGUGUGCUGGAAUGCCCUGGAGAGAAGCUCAGCCCCUGCCGCUAUCCCGUUGCAUAUGCUGAGUCGACUGGAAGAGGGUGGUCUCCUUGUCAUUGAAUGUCAAUAUGAGUGGGUUGAAGGAGGCCCAUCGGCGAGGGAAAAUCCGGGUGAGACGUCGUUGCCUCAUAAGGGAUUUGCAGAGGAAGAAAUAUAUAAUCUUCUCGGAGCUGAAUCUGCCGUCGAGC